UCACGUGGCGGUCGUAACAGCUCAUGUGUUAGUUGUAAUUAAGUGAAUGUAAACUGGGUUUUGGCACUAUGAAAACCGUAUUUGUUACGGUAGGAACAACAAGUUUCAAUGAACUGAUAGUCAGUCUGGUUACAAAAGAAGCAAUUCAGGCAUUAGUUGAUCGAGGGUACACAGACUUGGCCCUGCAGGUUGGCCGAGGUUCGUUUCUGCCGGGUCCUGAGAGAUGUCCCGGCCUUAAACUCGAAGUUUUCCGUUUCAAAGACUCAAUUUCCGAUUACAUCAAUAAAGCUGACUUGAUUAUCAGCCAUGCGGGAGCAGGGAGUUGUCUGGAGGCUCUCGGUGCUGGUAAACCUCUUCUUGUCGUUGUCAAUGACAACUUAAUGGAUAAUCAUCAGCUCGAGCUCGCUAAACAGCUGCACUCUGACUGUCAUCUGCUCUACUGCACCUGCAGCACUCUGACCCAAACUCUGAAGACCAUGGAUCUUUCUGUACUGAAAACCUUCCUGCCUGGCCAGCCUCAGAAUUUUGCUAACUUUUUGAACAAGGUCACUGGUCUUAUUUGAUUCUAGUUAAUUAUAUUGUCGCAACUCAGAGGAAGACCUGAAACAGACUGUGUUUUUAUUAAAACCAUUAUUAUGAUGAUACGACUGGACCAGUGCUCAAAACAAAGUUUGUCAGUGACCUGGCAGGAAAAGACCCGGGGCCUGCUCUACGAAGCAAGGUAACUGGCUUGUCCAGGUAACCGCUGGUUAAGUUAACGGAGAGUAAGUUGUAAACCUCCUAGUAGAAGAGCCGUAUGGCUUUAUUUUGCCAGGAGAAUGAAGCCAUAGGGCUCUUUAUUACGAGGUUUACAACUUGCUCUGAGUGAACUAACUCGGAGUCUUCACUAAACCUGCUUUCUGGAAUACCCCCCCUGCCAGAUGAUGCAGUGCAAGCUGAGGAGAGGUAUUUGUGAAUGAGUGCUUUGCCAAACUGCGUGAAGCCACAGUUCUUUUCCUGGUUGUAGACUCAACAAUGAGCAGCACAAAUUGAGGACAGCAUCAGCUCUUUCACUCGACUGUGGGAUGGCAGAGAUGGAACGAUUGUGAACCCCUGUUUUCCGGUUGCUCCA